AUGAGCGAGAGCAUGUCGGCCGCCAAACGGCGGCAGCGGCGGAUCCCGGACGAGUUUCGCAAGAGAAACGCCCAGAGCUGCGACCUCUGCAGAAAGGAUCUCUGGCUCGGAACUGGGUACUGGGUCGAGGCGUCAAGCGAGGUCGGCACCGACGAUGCUACCUCUGCUGCUGCUGCGGCGUCGGGGGCCGAGGACGCUCAGUUGUCGCUCAUCAGAGACACCUCUGGCAAUGAGCACUACAUCGGCCCCUCGGGCACUCUCAACUUUCUGAGCCAGCUAAGGCGACUGAUGGUCAGCGGCGAGGGAACGCCUGAGGCCCAGCCUGAGGUUGUCACCAAGUUCACGCAGGACGAUACGGCACAGGCGCUCGAGGCUGAUGAUGCCCCUGAGGCACCUGGGGCCCUAGACCCGGCGACACAGACGGAUGGUCCCCUCGACGGGCCUUCUCCGGCUUCCGUCACGUCGGUCACGUCUAUCGCCAAGGACUUUACGCGCAUACCGACUGUCGACCUUGAUGAGACGCUUCGCGGCCUGCCGGCCGACGAGACUCUCGAGCUCCUCGUGCAGUCGUACUUUAAGAACGUCCACGACGACUACCCUCUGUUCCACCGAGCAACCUUUGAAGACGAGUACGAACUCUACAUUGUCCAGGCCAGACGCCGGCUGCACUUCAUGUCCCAGAGCCUGUCCCAGAGCCAAGCCCAACCCCAGAAUCGAAGCAACGCCGUUCCCGACUGGGGCUGGAUGGGCUGCCUGCACAUGAUCAUCGUCUUCGGCUCCAUCGCCCGCCCCGACAUCCCCGGCGUCGACCACUCGCACCUACGGCGGCGCUCGGUGGCGGCGGCGCGGACGCUUCUGCCGCAGUUCAUCUCCAAGUGCACCCUCUCCAACGUGCGCGUCCUCGUGCUCCUGUCGCUCUUCCUGCACAACAACAACGAGCGCAACGCGGCCUGGAACCUCGUCGGCACGGCGACGCGCAUCGCCUUUGCCCUCGGUCUGCACCGCAGCGACACGAGCUCGUCGCUGCGCCCGCUCGACCGCGAGGUCCGCAGAUGGGUCUUCUGCACGCUCUACUCGUUUGAGCAGUUCCUCGCCUCGAGCCUGGGCCGGCCCAGCGGCCUGCAGGAGAUGGACGUCGAGAUUGUGCCGCCGCGGGAGGGCUUCCUCGACGCGGGGACGGGCACCGAUGCCAAGCUCGUCUUCCUGUCGCUGAGGCUGCAGGCCAUUCUCGCGCGCACGCGCUUCGCCUACGCGCGGCCGCAGCGCCGCCCCGACGCCGAGGGCCAGGACGCCGUGCCGAGGCCGAGCGUCGACGACAUCAUGCGGUCGCUCGCCGCCUGGAAGCGCGACGUCGCCGAGAACCCCAGCUUCCACAUGCCCGACAUCCAGACGCGGGUGUCGCUGCGCGGCAGCGGCAACGGCAGCAGCAGCGCCCCCCUCGACGACGACGAGGACAGCGAUGCCAUGUCCUUUGACGAGCUCAAGGUCGUGCUGUCGUGGAAGACGAGGGCGCAGCUGCGCGCCGUGCUCCUGCUGCACAUCCAGUACCACUACAUUGCCAUUGUCGCGGCGCGGCCCGUCCUGCUCCGCGAGAUUGCCGCCGCGCGCAAGGCGCUGCGCGACGAGGGAGCGGCCGCGCCGCCCGCCAUGUCGGCCGUCGCCGACGCCUGCGUGCGCCACGCCGUGCAGCUGACGUACAUGGUGCUCUUCCUCGACGGCUUCGAGCUCGUCAACGGGCUUUCUGGCCUCGACGUCUUCUACGCCUACUGCGCUGCCAUGGUCCUCAUCCUGCGGCUGCUGCGCAGGCCGCCUGCCGCCGAGGGCGCCGAGGGCGCCGAGGCCUCGGAUCAGCGUGAGGAGCAGGUCCAGGCUGUCAUUCGGGAGCUCGUGCUCAAGUCGCAGAGUGUCCUCAACCGGACGAACAAGAGCGGUUCGAUGACGCGGUUCGCCUCGGUCGUCGAUGCGUUUGCCGAGUGUACAAGCCAGACGCGGGGCGCGCGGGAAGACGGCGCGACGGCGCUGCCGGGGAGUGCCUGGUCGCGGGGGGUCUCUGGCGGUGGUGUCUCUGCGCUGCCCCGACAGCCUGCGGCUCUUGACGCCGGCCAGUUUCCGUAUGGCAUGAUGGGUACUGGGGUCAUGGGUGUGCCGCCGGGACAGGCCUUUUCGAUGGCGGAGCCGAUGGGAUUUGGACAGGCGACGACAUAUGGGGCGCCGAACGUGCAGCUUGAUGACGGGGGGUUCUAUUUCCAUCCGUUCAACGGCAGCGAAACAACGGCGCCUCCGGAAUGGGGCGACAUGGAGAUGGUCAUGGCCGGGUACGGCAUGCCACGAUAG